CCCGUAGCGGCUCCGCUAUAAAACCCGGUCCCGCAUGAUCGCGGCACCCCCGGAGGCCUCCUCGGCGCGCGCCCACCGGCUCUGCGGCGUGUUUGCUCCUGUGAGGGAUGCGGCUGCUGCCUGCGCUCCUGGCCCUCGCUGCUGCCCGGCCCUUGGCCUGCGCAGAUCCACACUGGUGCUACGACAUUCAAGCCAAGGCCUCCAACUAUGCUUGCUUGGGGCCUAGCCAAUGGGGUGGAGACUGCAAGAAGAACCGCCAGUCCCCCAUCAACAUUGUCACUACCGAGGCACAGGUAGACCCAAACCUGGGACUCUUCUCCUUCUCUGGCUAUGACAAGAAGCAAAAGUGGAAAGUCCAAAACAAUGGGCAUUCAGUGAUGGUAUUGCUGGAAGAUGAGGCCUCGGUCACUGGAGGAGGAUUGGCUGCCCGCUACCGGGCCAAACAGAUGCAUCUGCACUGGUCAAAGGAGUUGGAUAAGGGCUCAGAACACACCCUCAACAGGGUUCGCUAUGCCAUGGAGAUGCACAUAGUACAUGAGAAAGAGAAGGGGACAUCGAGGAGCGAGAAAGAGGCCCAGGAUCCCAAAGAUGAGAUUGCAGUGCUGGCCUUCUUGGUGGAGGCCGGAUCUGAGGAAAAUGAUGGCUUCCAGCCUUUGGUGGAGGCGCUGUCUUAUAUCCCCAGACCCAAGAUGAACACCACAAUGAAUGACAGCAUCAGCCUGUUAGACCUGCUCCCCAAGAAGGAGACACUGAGGCACUACUUCCGCUACCUGGGCUCACUUACCACUCCAGGCUGCGAGGAGAAGGUUGUCUGGACUGUGUUCCAGGAGCGCAUUCAGCUCCACAAGGACCAGAUCGCUGCGUUCUCCACGAAGCUCUACUACGACUCGGAGCAGAAACUGAAAAUGACAGAUAAUGUCAGGCCACUGCAGCUCCAGGGACAGCGCCUGGUGUUCAAGUCUCAGGCCCCAGGACAGCCGCUGCCCUUACCCUUGCCAACCCUGCUGGUCCCCAUGCUCACCUGUCUGUUGGCUGGCUUCCUUGCAUGAUAGCUCACUUCUGGACACUUGACCUCUGCUCUCAUCCCAUAGAGGCCUGGGGCUUCCAUUCCUCAGGCUUCCUAGCUUGGAUUUUGAUGAUGAUUAAACAGAUAUAUUUUUGGAGAAGCCUUUCUCAGGUCUA